AGUUGAGCAGGGUCCCCGCGCCAGCCCCGAGCGGUCCCGGCCACCGGAGCCGCAGCCGCCGCCCCGCCCCCGGGAGACAUGACUUCCAAGCCGCAUUCCGACUGGAUUCCUUACAGUGUCCUAGAUGAUGAGGGCAGCAACCUGAGGCAGCAGAAGCUCGACCGGCAGCGGGCCCUGUUGGAGCAGAAGCAGAAGAAGAAGCGCCAAGAGCCCUUGAUGGUACAGGCCAAUGCAGAUGGGCGGCCCCGGAGCCGGCGUGCCCGUCAGUCAGAGGAGCAAGCCCCCCUGGUGGAGUCCUACCUCAGCAGCAGUGGCAGCACCAGCUACCAAGUUCAGGAGGCCGACUCGCUUGCCAGUGUACAGCUGGGAGCCACCCGCCCACCAGCACCAGCCUCAGCCAAGAAAACCAAGGCAGCAGCUGCAUCCGGGGGCCAGGGUGGGGCCCCUCGGAAGGAGAAGAAGGGGAAGCAUAAAGGCACCAGCGGGCCAGCAACUCUGGCAGAAGACAAGUCUGAGGCCCAAGGCCCAGUGCAGAUCUUGACUGUGGGACAGUCAGACCACGACAAGGAUGCGGGGGAGACAGCAGCCGGCGGGGGCGCACAGCCCAGUGGGCAGGACCUCCGUGCCACGAUGCAGAGGAAGGGCAUCUCCAGCAGCAUGAGCUUUGAUGAGGAAGAGGAUGAGGAUGAAAACAGCUCUAGCUCCUCCCAGCUCAACAGCAACACCCGCCCUAGUUCUGCCACUAGCCGGAAGUCCGUCAGGGAGGCAGCCUCAGCACCCAGCCCAGCAGCCCCAGAGCCCCCAGUGGACAUUGAGGUCCAGGAUCUAGAGGAGUUUGCACUGAGGCCAGCCCCACAGGGGAUCACCAUCAAAUGCCGCAUUACUCGGGACAAGAAGGGGAUGGACAGGGGCAUGUACCCCACCUACUUCCUGCACCUAGACCGUGAGGACGGCAAGAAGGUGUUCCUCCUGGCGGGCAGGAAGAGAAAGAAGAGUAAAACUUCCAAUUACCUCAUCUCUGUGGACCCAACAGACUUGUCUCGGGGAGGCGAUAGCUAUAUCGGGAAAUUGCGGUCCAACCUGAUGGGCACCAAGUUCACCGUUUAUGACAAUGGCGUCAACCCUCAGAAGGCGUCAUCUUCUACACUGGAAACUGGAACCUUGCGCCAGGAGCUGGCAGCGGUGUGCUAUGAGACAAAUGUCCUAGGCUUCAAGGGACCGCGGAAGAUGAGUGUGAUCGUCCCGGGCAUGAACAUGGUUCAUGAGAGAGUCUGUAUCCGCCCCCGCAAUGAACACGAGACCCUGUUAGCACGCUGGCAGAACAAGAACACGGAGAGCAUUAUUGAGCUGCAGAACAAGACGCCGGUCUGGAAUGAUGACACACAGUCCUAUGUGCUUAACUUCCACGGGCGCGUCACACAGGCUUCUGUGAAGAACUUCCAGAUCAUCCAUGGCAACGACCCGGACUACAUCGUCAUGCAGUUUGGCCGCGUAGCAGAAGAUGUGUUCACCAUGGAUUACAACUACCCACUGUGUGCACUGCAGGCCUUUGCUAUUGCUCUGUCCAGCUUUGACAGCAAGCUGGCCUGCGAGUAGAGGCCCCCACUGCCUUUAGGGUGGCCCAGUCUGGAGUGGAGCUUGCCUGCCUGCCAAGACAACCCUGCCUACCCUCUGUUCACAGGCCCUCAGUGGGCUUUCUGGCCUUACCAACCAGAAACUAGCUGUUCUGCCUCUGCUGCUGAAGCAGGACAGCAAAUGGGUAUGACAGGAAAAGUAUUUCUGUGCCCCAAGGUCAACACACAUACCCAAUCCUGGGUCAGUCCCCUGCCGCAGUUGUGUUUACCACACUGGAAGGCCUCUUCAGCUGGGGGUACAGAGGGAGAGGAAGCACAGCGGGGCUGCUGUGGCUCAGCCAUCCACUCAGCCAACAAGCCAGAGGACAAUGGCUGUCCCGGGAAGUAGGGGUACAGUGAGUGUGUGUGUAGGGCACUUGGGCUUUAUAUAGCAAAGGCUCUGGUGGUCAGCAGAAAGCACUCCCACUUCAGAAGGGCCCAUUAAGCCCAAAGGGGAUUAGGGGUGGUAGGGAUAGGUAUGUGGCAGGACCCUGGUAGGAUUGCAGGGGCCUGGCUGUGUGUAUUAGCUGGUGGCUUAGAAUGUUAGCUCAUUUGUUGCUUCAGAUUUGCCCAGUGCUUACACAAGCAAGAACCCAGCUCUCAAGGCCAAAUAUCUGAGUGGAUGGGGAUUCUAGGAGUCAUCCAGUAGACUCCCUACAUCAGGGCUCUGAGCAGCCCCAGCACAACACCUAUCACACACACACACACACACACAUACACACACACGGAUUUAGGUCACCAUUUGAGUGAUGGUGUGCUUCAGGAAGAAUGUCCUCUCUGGGAAGACAUAGUUCCCAUUGUUGCCAGCAUCCCAUGAGGUGAGGGCUAUAUGCCAUUCCUAGGGGAUGGAGCAGGGGGAGGGGAGCAGAGGAUAUUUUAGGGCCACGAGAGCUCAGAGGUGGUAGUACUCCGUAUGGUUCACCAAGAGCAGUGCUGUUCCGAGUUCAGGACACUUGUCUCUUGGUUACCUUGCUGGUUUAAUGGCAGAGUUGAGAACCUUAAGUUCCUUUGUUCCUACUGUUGCCUGGAAACUACUCUGACCUUCUGGAGUCUAUUCUGCAUGUCCUUUCUCUUCCCAAUUCCAGAGAUGAAGACCCUCAGAGUUAAUGUAUAAGGUUGGAACCUUUCCGUAGGGAAUCAGGCAGUUCCCUGUUGAAAAUUGUCUGAGUUUUUGUAAACCAUUCUGAUCUCAUGUGGCCUGUGCCUGGCUCCUCAAUGAGGACUUUGAGCUGUGCGCAGCACUCAGCAGGAUCACUGCACACUUCGUGUGUGUGACUCGCAGCCCGAGGGUUCUGGGGCAGGGCCUGGACAUCCCCUCCACUUGGACGGCACCAGUCAUCUGGUGGGCUUGGGAACGCCAAGCUCUUGCCCAUGUGCCAUUUGUGAGAAGCUUCUUGCCUAGAUGGAGAUGAGAAACCAGUGGGAAGCAAAGAGCAUCUAGACAUUGUUGCUGUGCUUUGAAAUAGGCUUGGAAAGGCUAAGUAGAAAUUUAAAAAGUAGAGUCACGUAGAGUCAGGCUUUCAAUAUGUGAGUCAUGCUUUGACUAUGAGGCUCUGCAGGUCAGGAGGCUGUAUUGAUGUAAAUGGAAGUAGUACUUAAAAAAAGACCUAGAUUUCCUAGGUUGGACACUCUAAGCAAGGCACACCUGCUGCAGCAGGGUUGGACACACCUGAGCCAUACAUCUCCAUCAGAGAAUCCUGUGAGGUAGCCUUUGUUUACAGUCUAGUUUCUAGAGGGCAGUAGGACUUCCAUGCUGGGGCUGGCCUAUCUCCUGAUGAAAGAUUACAGUGCCAUCUCCUUCCCAUAGUUCUGUGUCUGCCCUCCUUCCCUCCCUCCCUCCCUGACUUUAUAGGCAGCAAUCUCCUGACAUUAGAGUUGAUAGAAACCAAGUCUUUAGUCUGGCCAGGCUGUUUCUCUGGGUUGACAGGUUUAAGGUUGAGCAGGCUGAUUUCUGGCAUCUGGUGAGUGGAGGGGACCCUGGUGGUAAGAGUGGAACUGGAAGCACAAUGGAAAACUCUUGGGCUCGGCUCUCUGCUUUACCACACAAAAAGGGGGGUCUUGGCAAUUGGCUAUUUGAAUGUAAAAUUGGUAGAACCAGGAAGUAGGCUGAACUCUAUAGCCCACUGUGGAGAGGAGCAGCCUCAGCACAAACCCUCUGUUGGGUACCGAGUGACGAGCCCCACCUCACAGGUCAGAUCUUAAGACUCCACUCCUGGUGAUUACGCCUUUCCUUGACCACUGGUCCUGUGAACACAGGCCCACGGACUCCAGAGACCAAGGCUCAGGGACCACCUGGGUUCAGCCUCUGCCACAGUAACAUUUCUUACCCCUCACACACUCUUCUCGUUGGUCCUUGGCUGGGUAGCAAGUCGAUGAGAAGAGCAGUCUAGUCUAAGAGUACGGGGCAGCUGGAACCUUAGGCAGCUCCUCUGUAUGCUAAUGGCUCCACACCCUAAAACUCUCCACCCUCUGCUCCAAAACAGUUCCCCUGCAGAGUGGUGAUGUUAGCUUCCCCAACUCCUCUCUAAGUCUAGCUUUUUCUGUCCUUCUGGCUCCAAGGUGCUCUGUGUCCGUUCAUGUGUAUGUGUGUGUGUGUGUGUGUGUCCAGAGGAAAGGGCAAUCUGCAAACAAUGAACAGAAGUUAAAGAUCACAUCAAAGUAAGGAAAGAAUAAGGAGGCAGUGGUGACCACUGUGGAUGGUGGCCCUUCGCUCCAUGCUUUCUCCCAUGGUUCUGAGCAGGGAAGUGUAGUGUCAGGUCACUGGAGGAGGAGCUGAGAUGUGCAUCCUUUUAAAUGAACAUGGUGUAAGUGAUGGUGCCUUAACAAUCUUGACACUAAGGUGAAACAAGCGAGUAAGGUGCAUGGGAAGACAGGCAUCGGAAGCCAAGGUGUGUGUAACAGGCUGGAAGAGAACUUCUGGUAAUCCUACCUUCUUCAGUGACAAAGCAACAAUGCUGUAAAGUGGGUUCAUUUGGUUUUUCUUCUCCUUUUCUUUCUCCUUUCUGGAAAUGGCAGGUCUGUUUGCCUCAAAACGUUAUGUAGAAGUAGUUCUAAGUUUAACAAGCAAUAGAGAUGACUGCUUAGACAGGGUCUGCUCUGCAAGCACAACACCCGUCUCAUAGAUGGACAGCCUGGUUUCCCUUCUCGGCAGUCCUGGCCUCCCCUUCUCUGUAUUCCUUGCCCCAGCUAUAAUACCCUCAUGGGAUUUCAGGAUGCCAGGUGCCAUCAAAGCAUGUGCUGCCCAGCACUGUGACUGGGGCCCAACUGCCCUGCAGAGUUGGGACCUUAUACUGCCCUAGGCCCUGGUGUGUGGACCUGCAUUAGACUCCAGAGCAGGCUAUGGGAGAGAUUGCUACUUCAGUUUACAGCCACCUGCCCUCCUUCACUCCAGCUUGCAAUCUUCUGUCAUUUCAAGAUCUUAAGAUGUUCUGGGAUGGGGCUGAGUUUUCAGCACGGAGGUGAGUUGAUCUAGGAGCAUUUGAGCAAACUAUGUAAUCUCUGUAUGUUUCCUUCCCCACAAGAUACAGGCCUGUCAGAGCUUGCUGUAGGAGUUAGGGUAAGUUAAAGUUAGUCCUGGCUCUCGUCACUACCUUUCCUAGCUCAUCACUGUGCCUUCUUUCUUUCCUAAGAAAGACACUGCACCCCUCUCCUCUGUUCUACUCCUCCCCCACUGAGGGUCCAGGCAGAGCGGGAGACGAGGCUGAAAUGUAGUGUUCUGUAGAGCAUCUCAGUAGCAUAGGAGGAGAAGCCCAGCUCCAGCCUCCUGGACCCCAUACUGGUGACCGGCUUGGUGAGGACAGGCAAAAUUUCUCUAGCUGAGAGCACACUUAGCCAGUUUUCACGCCUAGAACAUGUAUGUCAAUUUGCACAUGAUUGUCUUUUCCUAUUUUGGAGUGGUCAGACAUUUUAU